UGAGAGGCUGGAGACGUGGUUGACCAUUUUAUUUAGGCCAGUUAUUAAAAUCAGUAGUCAAAUUUUUACGAAGGUAGCCCUUAUUGAAAAUGUUACCUCUGACGAAUAAAGAUCAGCUAAAAGGAGAUGAUUUCAAGCCAGGUAUUAAGCUUUCAUCAAAGAUCGGAGGAUGGCUCAAAUCAGUAUUUGCUGAAAAAGCUUCAAGAGACAUCUUCUUUUUCCUGCUGCUAAAUAUGUCAUUUGCAUUUUUGGAACUCUUUUAUGGAAUUUGGAGUAACAGUCUUGGGUUGAUAUCAGAUUCAUUCCAUAUGUUUUUUGAUUGUACUGCAUUGCUAACUGGACUCACUGCAUCUGUUAUAUCAAGAUGGGGCAAAAAUGAAAGGUUUUCUUAUGGCUAUGUGAGGGCCGAGGUCAUGGCUGGAUUUGUGAAUGCAUUGUUUCUGAUGUUUGUAGCAUUUUUUAUAUUCUCAGAGGCAGUUGAGCGUGCAUUUCAUCCUCCACAUGUGGAACACGAGCGUCUGUUUCUGGUAUCUGUUCUUGGUUUCUUAGUCAAUCUUAUUGGCAUAUUUGUUUUUCAUCAUGGUGGUGAAGGUCAUGGUCAUUCCCAUGGUGGAGGAGGUCAUGGUCAUUCCCACGGAGUUACUGCAUCACUGCCGCCUCUUUUUGACGAGAAGGAAGAUAACGAGUUUCAUACCGAAUUUCAUACUGGAAAGAAAUCAUCCGGACACGGACAUUCUCAUGGAAACGACGGACACGGACACUCUCAUGGACACGGCCACUCUCAUUUCGAACACGAACCACCCCAUGCUUCAGAUCAGCAAAUCAUCAAGGGCGUCUUUCUUCACAUUCUUGCUGACACCUUGGGUUCUGUUGGUGUUAUUGUAUCGUCACUUUUAAUCUCAUAUUUCGGAUGGAUGGCUGCUGACCCAAUUUGCUCAAUGUUUAUUUCUGUACUGAUCUUCGUGAGCACAUUCCCGCUGUUGAUCGAUUCUGCUGCAGUUCUAAUGCAAAGGACGCCCCUAGAACUUGAACGUACAUUACCAAUCGCCUACCAAAAGGUCAGCCAAAUACACGGCGUUUUUAGCCUACAAGAUCCUCACUUCUGGACCCUAUGCAGCAAACACUACGUUGGCACUGUCCGUGUUUUGAUAGCGCCCAACGCAGACGCAUCAGAUAUCCUUCGUCAAACACAUAACAUUUUUAACCAGCUUGGUGUUCAACAGCUCUACGUUCAAAUCGAAAAAUCUUACUGAGGGUUCACAGCGUACAGGAAAGUGAAUUCUUUGUUUUAAAAACUGGUGAAUACCCGCUGGGAUAUAUUUAUUAGCAAAAAUAGAAUUUAUAAUAGAAAAUUAUUUCUAAAAAAUGGACUUGAAACGUCUUUUUUCUGGCAUAUGAAUUAUUAUUGGCAAUAGAAAAGAUUAUUUUGUGAAUUUUCAAUUAUAAUUUCGAAAUGUUUUGCCAUUGAAAUGACCGGAAAUAUGUUAUGGAGGUGGAUUAGGUCUUUCUUAAAUAUAAAAAGAAAAUAGGAUAGACAGAUUGGGGUCGUGAUAUGUAAUUCACAUUCCAGCUUUAGUUUGAAGGUAUAUUUGAAAAAUAUACUGUUUUAACCGGCUCAUAAACAUACUUCCUGCUCAUACGACUAAUCUUUUACAUUUUUACUUGUUUAUCCCUGUCAUAACAUUCUAAAGUUUUAAUGCAACUUAAAACCUUUGGGUGUCUAUGGAAACGUUUAAUAAACAAAUUACCGUUGUAUAGAUGGGGGUUGCCCAUUGCGAAAGUCUAUUAAACAUAGAAAAUUAGAAAUAACGUUAUAUUUACAUAAAGGACAGGAAUCCGUUCUUAUGUAUUUAAUUAUAACUCCUUGUCAAAUAUAUCAUUACUUGCAAAAUGGAAUAUGUUUUGGUAGAUUUAAAGAAUUCGUUUGUUCCCAA